CGCCGAGCUUGCAGCGACAGACCUCCCGGCUCGCCGGAGCUCGCCAGCUGCUCGCCAGCCCGCGGGAGGGAGGAGAGAAUUCGAACGCUUCCGCGGUUGGCUACUCAGCGUCCUGGUCUGGAGUUUCCCCAUUGCGGUUGUCAUUCCUAACACACACACACAUAGUUUCUUUUUAAUACCUCCAAAGAAACAAUCAUCUUCAAGCUGGCGGGAGCAAUGGUUCAUAUAACGAAAGGCGAGCUGACCCAGGAAGAAAAGGAGCUGCUAGAAGUCAUCGGGAAAGGUACUGUCCAAGAAGCCGGAACACUAUUAGCUAGCAAGAAUGUCCGUGUCAACUGUUUGGAUGAGAAUGGAAUGACUCCUCUAAUGCAUGCUGCCUAUAAAGGAAAACUUGAUAUGUGCAAAUUACUUUUACGACAUGGAGCUGAUGUAAAUUGUCAUCAACACGAGCAUGGGUACACAGCCCUCAUGUUUGCUGCACUUUCUGGUAACAAAGACAUCACAUGGGUAAUGUUGGAGGCCGGUGCCGAGACAGAUGUUGUCAACUCUGUAGGAAGAACAGCAGCUCAGAUGGCAGCCUUUGUGGGUCAACAUGAUUGUGUGACUGUCAUCAACAAUUUCUUUCCUCGUGAGAGACUGGAUUAUUACACUAAACCCCAGGGGCUGGAUAAAGAGCCAAAACUGCCUCCCAAGUUGGCGGGCCCACUGCACAAAAUUAUUACCACAACCAAUCUUCAUCCUGUCAAGAUCGUGAUGCUUGUAAAUGAGAAUCCUCUGCUGGCAGAAGAAGCAGCUCUGAAUAAAUGCUACAAGGUGAUGGAUUUGAUCUGUGAGAAAUGUAUGAAGCAAAGAGACAUGAAUGAAGUAUUGGCUAUGAAAAUGCAUUACAUCAGCUGUAUCUUUCAGAAAUGCAUUAACUUCUUAAAAGGUGGAGAGAAUAAACUGGACACUCUGGUCAAAAGCUUGUUAAAAGGCCGAGCUUCAGAUGGCUUUCCGGUAUAUCAAGAAAAGAUCAUAAGAGAAAGUAUCAGAAAAUUUCCUUACUGUGAAGCCACACUCCUCCAGCAGCUGGUGCGAAGCAUUGCUCCUGUUGAAAUUGGUUCUGAUCCCACUGCAUUCUCUGUACUUACCCAAGCCAUCACGGGUCAGGUGGGUUUUGUGGAUGUGGAAUUUUGCACUACCUGUGGAGAAAAGGGAGCAAGUAAAAGAUGUUCCGUCUGCAAGAUGGUUAUAUAUUGUGAUCAAACCUGCCAGAAAACACACUGGUUUGCACAUAAGAAAAUCUGUAAGGAUCUAAAGGACGUUUAUGAAAAACAACAAUCAGAAGCUGCCAAAGAAAAGAGUGAAGAGGAAAACAAUGGCGGACUUGAUGUCAGUUCUAACUGUGUUCGUGCAGAGCAGCUCGAGGCUGAAGCGGGGGUCUCCCAAGAGAGUUGUCAGCCGAAGGAGUCUGUGGAAGGGGAGAAAGACUGUCCUCAGAAUGGAGGCGGGUUGGAAGGGUUUCAGGAUGCUCCUUCAGGUCCGCAGGAAUCUGAGGAGUGAAAGGCAGAGUAGGUGCUGGCGUGGACGGUUUGUGCCCUGGCAGGUAGCCGGAGAGCUCACGUGACUGUGUCCUCAUGCCUUGUGACCCCUGCAUGGCACCGUGGCAGGAUUCCAUGUCUCCUAGAAUAGAGGCCUUCAAGCAAAGCUCUGUCUACCAUGCCCUGAGUUCCCAGUGAUUUCUGUACUGUAGUCGGACAGAUAGUCUAAGGGAGAAAUUUGUAUUUCAAAGUAUCACAGAAACAUUUUUAUUCCCUUUCUGAGGCCAGCUUCCCAGCAGUUGUUCUCAAAGCAAAAGAGAUCCCCUUCAAGAAGAAAUACAGGCUCUGGGGAACAGAGGGGCAAGCAGAACAGGUGUAGGAGAGAGAUUUUCAGGAAAGAAGAAUUUUGUAGCCACUGACAUGGGUAGUUAAACGGAUCAUAGCUUAUAUGUGAAUAAGAUGCAUAUAAAUAGCAUUUAGAAUAGUGAAGUCCUACUUACUUAGAUGCAGUGAAAUGAAGAAAAGUUGUAUGUUACAGGCUCUGUCACAGUUCAGCUCAUUGUAGUUUUUAUAUAGAAAUGAUCCUGAGCAGUCUGAACUUCACAUAGUUCCUGCGGUGACAUUUUAUCUACAGUGUUUGUACUUUCAUAAGUGUCAGAACUAAGGCAUAGCCACGAUUAUCUCAGCAUGUGCAUUAAAAAGGCUGUUUCAUGAAAUCUGAUUUAAUAAUGGCUAAACAUAGUGUGUCCCCAGUUAUAAAACCAAUUCAUGUGCCAUAUUCCACUUGAAAGGCUUUUUUCUUCCUGUAAGCUUUUCAUGGGGCUCUUCUUGCCCAGAAACUGACUUAUAACUGUCACUUUUAGAAUGUGCUCACAUCUGUUUUUAGCAUAUGCAGUACGGAGGCAGAGCUAGGGCCUGAUUGCCGAAGACAGCGCUGUAUUUCAGAGUUUCUUGUGAUGAUUGUAAAAUAAAUCAUGCCUACUGAUAUAACCACCUCC